AUGGCAACAGGAGUCGUACGAAACCUCUCCGAAUUCAAGCUGCCUCCGUUCUUCCAGACGCCGUUUUUCCAUCCAUCGCUUCACCACGACCUCGACUUCCAAGACUCCUCAGAGGACGACGACGAGUUCCUGGAAGAAGACGAGGUUGAGGAGCUGGCGGAGGUGGACCCUCCAUCCAACACGUCCAACGAAGAGACCGCCGACAGCCAAGCCAGGGCCGACGAGAGCGAGAGCGAAAUGACGAUACAGCUUUUAAAGUUUUCCGAGCUGAUAAACUCCGACAUUCAAAGGUACUUCGGACAGAAGAACAAAGAAGACGACCCGGAUUCUUGUAACAUUUACGAGGACUUCCACACGCCAUGCCUCUCGGGGCAGGAGAUGUACUAUCAGGAUCUCAUGAAGAUGGCACACAGCAGGCACCACGAUAAGGGCGACUCCUUCAGCCCUCUCACCCCUCCGACGGAAUUAGACCACAAGAUACUCAAAACAAUCUGCAACAAAGAAGACCCCAAGAAGCUGGGGCCGCUGAGCGAGCUCUUUGACUUCGGUCUCCGCAGAUACACAAGGCAGAGGGCUGCGGGCGGCAGCAGGGGGCAGAGACUGGAUAAGAAGUACGGGCAUAUCGUGCCCAUGCACAGGAGGCUCUUACCCCAGUCCUUCUGGAGAGAACCCUCGCCUGCCCCGUCUUGCAUCCUAAACACGAACACCCCCGACUUCAGUGAUCUUCUGGAAAACUGGACCUCCGAUGCCGGUCAGGAGAUGCAGCUGAACAGCAGGGACCUUGUGAGUGAAUUCAGCAGGUAGCAGGGCGCCAAACACCGAUGAUAAAUAGGAUUGCGGGGGCUGUGGUGUAAGCAGGCGUUUGGGUAACAGUCCCAUCGUAAAGCCUUCUG